CAAUGUUCAAUAAAGGAAGCCAAAGAGGCACAAAUAAAGGAAAUGGUCAUGAAUAUUACAUAAGGUUAGAUUGUGCGCAGAAACUGUUUGGCAAACAUGAAUACAUCCCGGUAUCAGCCAGUUGACGAACAAUGGUGGUAGAAUGGGAGGAGAUGAAGUGGUUGAAGUAAGGUUCAUGAAGAUGAUCAAUGUCACAAGGUUUGGAACCAAAAGCUGGCCUAGUUAGUUCCCCUGCUUGCAGAGACAGUCCCCUGUGAUGACCAUGAUCCAACGCCAUGUCUGAUCGAUCCCAGAGCUUUGAAGAAUUGCGCAUGCGCAAGUUUGAUUCCUAUUCGAUGCCCACUCUAUUCGCGUCUUCUUGUUGCGGACCAUGAGUGGCGGAGUGUACGGUGGAGAUGAGGUUGGGGCAUUGGUGUUUGAUAUUGGGACUCACUCGUCCCGGGCUGGCUACGCCGGGGAAGACACCCCUAAGGCCGAUGUCCCGACUGCAAUAGGGGUGGGGCCAGCGAAAGAGGUCUCCAUGGAACCGACAGUGGUCAGGUGACGCAGCUGGAGAGGAAGUAUUACAUUGACUCCACCUACAUCACGGUACCGCGAGAGGAAGUGGAGAUAAAUACACCUCUCAGGGAUGGACUGGUUGAGGACUGGGAUCUGUACCAGAGACUCAUUGACCACUUGUACCGCAGACAUCUCAAGACCACACCCACUGAACACCCUGUACUCAUGUCUGAACCUCCCUGGAACGUGAAGAGCAAGAGGGAGAAAGUGACUGAACUAAUGUUUGAGACGUACAACGUGCCGGCCUUCUUCCUCUGCAAGAGUGCAGUCCUCUCGGCGUUUGCCAAUGGGCGAGGCACAGCUCUAGUGGUGGACUCAGGUGCUGGGCAGACGUCGGCGGUCCCAGUCCACGAUGGCUACUGUCUCACCGGGGCCACUGUCAGGACACCUCUGGCCGGGAACUUCAUCACCGCUCAGUGUGGCCAUUUCAUGAGUGAGCUGGGUUGCCAGGUGGUACCUCCCUACAUGAUUGCCACCAAAGAGGCCGUGAAGGAGAGGACCGAGCCGGUCUGGACCCGUCGCAAGAACCUGCCAAGCGUGACCGACUCGUACCACAUCUACAUGACCAAUGAGAUUCUGAGAGAUUUCGCAAUGUCAGUGGCUCAGGUCUCGACCACUUCUCUGCAGGACGAAAUAGAGCACAGUACCAGCAUUCCCUCCACCUCCUACGAGUUCCCCAAUGGCUACAGUCUCAACGCCACUGUCGAGAAAUUCAAACUGACCGAGGGCCUCUUCAAUGCCGGCUCUGCCAAUAUCAAGGGAGUCAGUGGAGGAGACCUGCUAUCACUGCCUAAUGUCGUCAUCAACUCCGCCAGCCAGUGUGACGUGGAUGUCAGACCUACUCUGUACAGCAAUGUGGUGGUUGUCGGGGGCAACUCUCUGUUGCCAGGGUUUCCAGAGAGACUCAACAGGGAGCUGUCUCAGAAGACACCUCAUAGUGUUCGUGUGAAGUUGGUUCAGAAUACCAGUGCUAUUGAGAGGAGGUUCAGUCCGUGGAUAGGUGGCUCCAUCCUAGCCUCUCUGGGCACCUUCCAACAGAUGUGGAUAUCCAAACAAGAGUACGAGGAGAACGGGAAGAGAAUUGUGGACAAGAAAUGCCCAUAGAAACAAUCGCACCCAGCAAGAAAUCACGCACACACACUUUGAACCAUGUAUGCACCGUCUAUAGCUGCUCCAUUGGAUGUAUGCUAAUGCCAUGAUACGCAAUACAACUUUCUUGCGUGAGACUUGGCAAUAUUAUUAUUAUUAUGGGUCAUGUGAGACCAUGCAACAAAGUUGUGCUGUCCAUGUCAACAAAUUUGCGGGUUACCAUGGGUACAAGCAGUGUGUGUUCCCAUCGAAUGCACCUUGCCUCUCCUUAGUGCAGCUGUAUGAAAUAGAGUUGCAUGAACCCAUUCACAUUGGAUGUAUGUAUAAUUAUGUAUGCUCAUAAUAGAGUGAGGCGAGUUUGCUGAGGGAGAUUUAUACCCUCUCAUUAGCCAAGUGUACUACGUUUUAACUUACUCAGUGCUAAAAUGCAUCCCGAAUUUCAGUUGUGUAAGUUGUCAUAAUGAUCGGGUCAUCGGUAUAAUUAUACACAGCCACCACCCCACCAUUCCCCAUUUCAAGAGAACGCAGUUUUGGUCAUCAUUUACUGCGCAGUGUUG